UCCCUUCUAAGUAAUCUCUUUCACCCGCAUGUACCCAGUGUGCAGUGCACAACUCCUGGCGUUUUCAGCAGUUGCUCCCUUCCCCCUUGUACCUCACAACAGACACAUUGAGCGAGCGAGCGAGAGAGCAACAAUGGCAGACCUUGUGCUUGGGUUGGCCAAAACGACGGUGGAGGGGACGGUAACCAUGGCCAGGUCGGCCAUGGAGGAAGAGGAGAAGCUGCACAAGACCGUGCAGCGCGAUCUGUUGGUUAUCUCGGACGAGUUUGAGAUGAUGCACUCCUUCCUUAAUGAUGCCAAGGGCCGCGUCACGGACAACGUGACGAGGACCUUGGUGAGGCAGGUCCGCAACACGGCCCUAGACGUGGAGGAUUGCAUCGAGACCAUUGUUUACCUCGACAGCAAGCCGCACUGGUGGCGCCGCAUGAUUCUGCCUUGGUGCAUGCCGUCUGCGGCACCAGGGAAGGACCUGGACGCUGCCGUUGCUAAUAUAGAGCAGCUCAAGGCUAGGGUCGAGGCCAUGGGUCACCGGAACUUGCGUUACAACCGUAUUGGUGACUCCGGUCAUAAGCCUGAGGAGCAGGCGCAUCAACAAGCUGUUGCCAAUGCAAUGGCACCGACAGAUGCAGCAAAGCAGAGCCGUCAAGUGGAUCUUGUCAUGUUGAUCAACAGGAAGGGGGGCCAAGCACGCCAUAUGCUAGCAGGCGGGGGCGGCGGCGACGAGGACGAUGAUGAUGACGACGACAACAACAACAACGAGGACGAUGAUGAUAAUGGUGAUUGUUAUCAUGAUUGUUGUGAAGAGCAGUUGAAGGUGGAGAAAGAAGUACUCCAAGUCAUCUCAGUGUGGGGAACAGGAAGCGAUCUGGAGAUGAUGUCCAUCAAGAAGGCCUACGACGACACAGAAACCAUGAAAAGUUUCAACUGCCGAGCCUGGGUGAAAAUGGUGCAUCCUUUCCAUCCCAUUGAGUUCAUCCGGAGCUUGCUGGCUCAGUUCCACAAAAAUGUUUGUCCAGAACAAGACAACACUGUAAAAAUCCUGGACUUGAUGGUGGCGACAGACGACGUACUCAUUGAGGAGUUCAAGCAGCAAUUAAGUCAGAAGUUCCUAGUGGUCUUGGAGGACGUUACCACCAUGGUUGACUGGGAGGCCGUAAGGGGCUACCUACCUGACAAGAAAAAUGGCAGCUGCAUCGUCGUGCACACGCGACACCAUGGAAUUGCAUGCUCCUGCGUCGGGCAUCCAUACCGAGUAUCGGAGCUGGAAAAGUUCUCGGCCGAUUAUUCAGUCCGUGUCGUUUUCAAGGAGGAUGCAGCCGGAAAAGUGGAGGGUACCGUGAACGAGGAAACUGCACAUGAACGGGAGAAAAGUGGUCCAUCAUGUUUUGGCCGUGAUACAGAUCUAAGCUGGUUGCAUUCGCUCACGCGUCUAGGCGGUGUGGUCUCAGUGUGGGGGAUGUCUGGUGUUGGCAAAUCAUUUCUCAUCCGCCAAUUCUUCAAUAAUUACAUGCGCCAAUCCUCAAAAAAUACAGUGACUAGAAAUCCUUAUUAUGACAAGAAGAAGUUUGGUUGGGUGGAUGUACCCCGUCCCCGUCCAUUCGAUUUAAGGGACUUAUCGAAGAGCUUGCAUUCGGAAUUGAAUCCUGCUUUCAAAGACGAGGUGAUGUCCACGAUCAAAGAUCCGAUUCAACAGUGCCGUGAAUAUCUGCAGAGAGAAGAAAACUGGCCCUACCUCAUUGUUAUCGACGGUUUGCAAUCCAAAGAAGAAUGGGACUCCAUAAGACGUAACAUGGAUUUCAAAUUUAAUACCAGUUCCGGCAAAUCAAACAGGUCUGGGGAAAAAGUGGGCAACGUUGUCAUAAUAAUUACAAAUGAAGAGAGUGUUGCCAAUUACUGUGCAACAAAGAACAAUAACGUGUGGAACGUCAAAGGUCUAGAAGUUACCGGAGCCAUUAAACUCUUCGAUCAGGUAGCAGCUAAUCAGCGGCAGCGCUUGUGGCCCUGGGACUGGGAGUCGGAGGAGAAUAAGAUGUUGGAAAUAAAGCAUCGGAAUGAUGAAACAAGGCAUAUCUUAUUGCAGAAAUGCGGUGGGCUUCCCAAGGUUAUUUGUGCUGUAGCUGAGUCAUUGAGCAUGGUUGGCGACAUAAAAGAAGAGGAUAACCUUGUGUCGAAGUUAGCGGCAACACGAAGUCUAGAUGACGUGUUUUCCUGGUUGCUUUCCUACUUUCGUUCUUGUCCGGAUUCCCUGAAGCCAUGUAUCUUGUACCUGUCAAUCUUCCCUGUGAACCACACCAUCCGGCGGAGGCGUUUGGUGAGGCGGUGGAUAGCGGAGGGAUACUUUAGAGACAACAAAGAAAGCACCGCAGAGGAGAAUGGGGAGGGGUCCUUUUCCAAGCUCAUCGAUCUAAGCAUGAUCCAGGCGCCAAGAACAAGAGUUGAUGGCAGGAGGAGGAUGCCCUUGUGCCAAGUCAAUGGUUUCGUCCGUGAAUACAUCGUCUCACAGUUAGUGGAAGAGAAUCUUGUCUUUGAACUGGAGGGCCAUUGCAGAAAGAACAUACAGCGCACAGGACGGCACCUUGCCAUAGACAAUAGUUGGGACAGAGACAGAAAUGUGUUUGAGAGCAUCGACCUUUCAUUGCUACGGUCUUUGACUGUGUUUGGUAAGUGGGAAACAUUCAUCAUCUCUGACAACAUGAAGUUGCUCCGGGUGUUGGAUCUGGAGGACGUGUCUUCAGGUGUUACAAAUGUUGAUGUCGAGAAGAUGGUGAAGCUGCUGCCCCGCCUCAAGUUCCUCUCCCUGAGAAGGUGCAAACAAAUCACUCGCCUGCCGGAUUCCUUGGGAGAUCUAAAGCAGCUCCAAACUCUGGAUAUCAGGCAUACAUCUGUAAUCAAGCUACCAAAGAGCAUCAUCAAGCUAGAGAAGCUGCAGUACGUUCGUGCUGGUACCGCAAAGCAUCAGCAAGCUAGUGAAGCAGCAGAGAACCCUUCUAUGGCAGCAGCACCUGCGAUGAUGAGCAGACCAUGUAUUGCUACUCCAGGAUCCCGCUUCUCAAAGUUGGGCUUGGGCUUACACUGCAGGCAUGGCUCUCAUAGUGGCGUCAAGGUACCUAGAGGGAUUGGGAAGCUUUCCAGCUUGCACACGCUGGGUGUUGUUAACAUCCAAGCGUGCGGCGAGGAUGGCAUUCUGGAGGAUCUCAAGAACCUUACCCAACUGCACAAGCUUGGAGUGUCUGGCAUUAACCGUAAGAACAGCGAGAAGUUAUUUUCAGUCAUCUUACGUCUCGCCCAUCUGGAAUCCUUGUCACUGAAAAUGCAGGCCAACCAAGACAAUGAAGCUGCUGGUUGCAUGGCCGACAUCUCGUCGCCCCUGGAGAAGCUACAGAGCCUUAAAUUGUACGGGUUAGUUGACAGGUUGCCGUCAUGGAUCAUGCAGAUGUGCUUGCAGCUUCCUCGACUUGAGAAAUUGGAUUUACAGAUGAAAACGUUGCCUCAGCAGGAGCUGGAUUUUAUUCUUACUCUAAAAUAUCUAAGAAGUCUACGUCUUCGGUUGGCGGAGUUUCAAGAUGGUGAACUCCGUUUUGGUUGGACUAUUGCUCAGAGGUCUACUAGUUGGAUUAUCGACAUCCUCGAGAUUGUGUGCAACUCCAGCUUACAGGCUGUAAAGUUUGGCUCCAAAAUACACGUUAAAAUCCUGAAGAUUCGCUGCUAUAGUGUGUCUUCAUCACUACAAUUCUCUGGUCUAGAGAGCAUGGAAACUCUCAAGGAAGUCUGGCUUAGCGGAUCUUACGAACUAGGCUUCAAGCAACAGUUGGAAACAGAGCUUAAAGGCAACGAAAACGAACCUAUUCUGGAGCUGGAGAAACCAUCAUCGUCAACCUAAUGGGUACUGAGCAGCUCCUGAUUGUGUAUGCCGCUUCUAUCGGUCCGGCCAGGCGUGUUUUGUCCGAGACGUGGUGGGUGCUGUCCGGCCGUUUCCCCCCUUCUUUUGGUCGUCUGCUGCUCUUUUCCAACUUACAGUCAUAA